CUUGAAAUUCUGUCCCAUCUAGCCGAUCUCUUUCUGUAGCCUCCAACUAAUUACAUGCACGUAUAUCAACAUAUAACAUAAAGAAAGCAGUUCUGAUCAUCAUAAUUCAAUAUCAAAGUUCAUACCUCUUCUUUUUUUUUUUUUUUUUUUUUUUGUAACUCUCAUGAUCAAAACAAGGUUAAUUCUUGACGUUUGUUGAGAGUUUUAGGGUCGAGAACUUUGUUUUCUUCCUUGAGUAUUGCUUAGAAAGAAGCUUAUUAGGAGAGAGAAAGAGAGAGAGAGAGAGAUCAAGAGUAGUUAGUGAGAGAAAUUAAUAAGAGAUUAUAAAAUGGCUCCAGUUUCACUGCCACCUGGUUUUAGGUUCCACCCUACAGAUGAGGAGCUGGUAGCUUACUAUCUCAAGAGGAAGAUCAAUGGUCGUAAGAUUGAUUUGGAGAUCAUCCCUGAGGUUGAUCUCUACAAGUGUGAGCCUUGGGACUUACCCGGAAAGUCAUUGUUACCAAGCAAAGAUCUUGAGUGGUAUUUCUUCAGUCCUCGAGAUCGAAAGUACCCGAACGGGUCGAGGACUAAUCGAGCAACAAAAGCCGGAUAUUGGAAGGCCACCGGGAAAGACCGAAAAGUGAAUUCGCAGACGCGUUCUGUAGGGAUGAAGAAAACCUUGGUCUACUACAGAGGAAGGGCUCCUCAUGGCUCUAGAACUGGUUGGGUUAUGCAUGAAUAUCGUCUUGAUGAAAGAGAGUGUGAGACUCCUUCUGGUUUGCAGGAUGCAUAUGCUCUUUGUCGUGUAUUCAAGAAGAGUACCUGUGCCCCAAAGAUAGGAGAGCAUUAUGCCACAACAAGCACUAAUCACCAUAUGAUUAGCACUAAUCAUAUCGCUAGUGAUCAUUCAUCGAGCAUUGAAAUAUAUUCCGAUGGAAGAUGCGACGACUUUGAGAGCUCCAAUUAUCCAAUGCCACCAGACUCUAUGGCAGUAUCAGUGUUGCACAGAUCAGCUUCACAUCUUAAUGAUCAUGCCGGCGGAAGAUUCACAUCAGAUGCAAAUAUAUACACGCAAUUCUUAUCUCAUCAUGAGGACCCAUUUAAUACCUUUUCAAGCCCUUCAUUUCCCAAUUAUGGUAGCACGUCAUACCAUCCAUCUAAGGUUGAUGUAGCACUAGAGUGCGCAAGGUUACAGCAUCGGCUCUCACUUCCGCCCUUAGAGGUAGAGGACUUCCAUCAAGCUAUAGGGAUCAAUGACUACAAAAUGCUGCAAUCAAACAGUACUGCUCGCCACGCCGCGGAUCAAACGUCGGCGAACGAAACCGAUAUUUUGCAGGAGAUUCUUUCGGUUGCUCAUGUUUCUCAAGAACUGAUCAACCAGCCCAGUUGUAACUUUGCGGAUCACACGACGUGGGGAGGGAAUUAUGCUCCGGCGGCAGAUGAUUUUACGUUCAUGGUUGGCAGAGAAGCUCAGUACUGUGGUACUCAACAAGCAGCUUAUAGCAACAACGACAUGAAUUCUAUGAGGUAUAUGCAGGAAAAAUCAUGGGAAAAUCCCAUGAUUAAUACGAGGUUAGUAGAGAUUGGAGAUCUGGAAGAAGAUUUCAAGACGGAUCAGAGGGCGGUGGAGAACCUAAGAUGGGUUGGAAUGUCAAGCAAAGAUGUAGAGGAUGAG